CAUGUCCACAGAUAAUCCCACACAUCUGCUGACCACGCGGGAUCUUGGCCAAUUGCGUGGCCAAUUACAGACGACAGCAGCGCCAGCGACGGCAACAAGUGGCGUACAUGGAUACCGCAACAUAAUUCCCCCACCUAUCAGCACCUCAGCAACAGCAACAGCAACAGCACCAGUAGCAGUAGCAAUAGCAUCAACAGCAGCACCAGUAUCAACAGCAUCUUCCGUAGUAACAGAAGCAUCAUCAUCAUCAGCAUCAUCCACCACCACGAGCAGCAACAGCAACAGCGGCAGCAUCCAUCACGGAGGUGGCAACAUGCAGUCCACCAGCUCAAAAUAUGUCGUCAUUCAACCGAACCACAACGGCGGCUUCACGGCCUACGAUAGCAGUGCCACUGCAGCAACCACGAUGCCCACGGGCGGAGGCGGUGGUGCCGGUGGCGCUGGAACGGGUGGAAAUAUUGUUCUUUUAGCCGCCGAGCCCCUGGAAAUGGGUUCGGCAGACGCAUUGGCCGCCGCUGCCGCUGCGGGAGCGGACGAUGGAGAGCUGCGCUCCUUGUCGUGGCUGAGCGACAGCAAUCUGAUCAAGGGGAUUGUAACGAGCAGCGGCCCCACAACGGCCGCAUCGCAGGCGAAACGGACAGCGGCUGUGGCCCUCAAGGCUCCUGCGGGGGGAGUCUGCCUUGUCGGCGAUCUCAUUGAGGAGCUGCCGCCAAGCAGCAACGAUAUUCCGGAGACGGGAGACCAGCAGGGGACGCCCGGGGGCGUUUACAGCACCACAACAGUGCACAAGGGACCCAGCGGCACCACCACAGUGGUGGAGUACAAGGCCACAAAGACGACGACGACGGCCACACGAACAAGCUACAUGCCUGUGGUGGUGACCAGCAGUAGCAGCAGCAGCAGCAGCAGCAGCAGCAUCACACCAGCAGCACAAGCCACCAUUUCACCCGCCAAGCAGCAGCAGCCCCAACAGAUCUUUGUGACCAGCAAUGGGACGGGUGCAACAACAUACAAGACCUCUUCCCCCACAUCCAUGGCCACGGUCUCUGUUUCGUCCGCCCCACCGUGCUCCCCGAAUAAUAAUAUCAACCACCACAACACCACCACCCACCAUCCGCACAAGAAAUAUCUGCGGGAGAAGAUGAACGUCCAUGUGGACCACAGCAGCCAUGUGGCCUCCACGGUGACGGUCGUCAGUUCGCCUGCAUCCUCAAACAAUUCAUCGCUCAGCUCCACCUCCGCUUCAACCUCCGCCCUGUCCAUGUCGGUUAAUGGAUCAUCGGCCGGCAUAAAUGGCGCUGGGAAUAGUCCAGGGCCCAAGGCCGCCAACAGCUUCACGACCGUUUACGAAACGGUUAAGUUCUCUGGAGCUGGGACAACGCCCUGCAGCAUCAGCAACCCCAGCCAAAGCAACAGACAGCACCUGCCCGAUCAGACGACGCUGAUUACCCCAACGGCAUUGAUCAGUACCUCGCCCAUGACGGGCUAUAGUUUUGUGCAUCAUCUCACCGGAACGCCGCAUGUCAUGGCUUCGACCGCACCAUCGGAGGCGACUCUGGGAGGAGGCGGCAGCAUCUAUUACACCAAUGCCACGCCAAUGCAACAACAGCAGCACCUGCAACAGCAACAGCAACAGCAACAGCAGCGUGGCAUGCAUGUCUCUGUGUCGCCGCCACCGACGGCCGUCAAUGCAACAAUGGGGGGUCAUAAUGGAUCUAAUGGAGCAUUGAAUCUGCGAAGCCCCAAUAGCUACAGCAGCUACGACAAUGAGGAUUCUCUGAAGGAGUUCGACAUGACAUUGAACUCCAGGAUGCAUACUAGCACGCCCCAAUAUGUGGCAGCGGCAGCCAAGAGCAGCAGCUACAGCAACAACGCCAACAGUUCCUCCAACACCACCAACGGAGGAGGAGGCGGUGGUGGUGGCGGUGGCGGUGGUGGUGGCGGUGGUGGUGGCGGUGGUGGUGCCGGUGCCGGUGCCGGCAACACACCGCAAAAGCAAAAGCAUCCCAACAAUGUGCCAUAUGAUCCGCUAGUGCAUACAAACAACAAGCCGCCAUAUAGCUUUAGUUCACUCAUCUUUAUGGCCAUUGAGGGUUCGAACGAGAAGGCGCUGCCUGUAAAAGAGAUCUAUGCGUGGAUUGUCCAGCACUUUCCAUACUUCAAGACGGCCCCCAAUGGCUGGAAGAACAGUGUGCGGCACAAUCUGUCGCUGAACAAGAGUUUCGUCAAAGUGGAGAAGGCCCCCAAUAUGGGCAAGGGCUCGUUGUGGCGCGUAGAGCCGCAACAGCGUCAAAAUCUCAUUCAGGCCCUCAAUCGGUCAGGCCCAUUCUUUCCGAAUUCAGCGGUGGACAAGAUCAGUACGUCGCUGAAGAGUCCCAAUGGACAAGGGGCGCCCCAAUCAUCCGGUGGAUAUGAUGGCCUUGAUGGAGUGGCUGCCUCCGGCGCCGCUGCCUCCGCCAAUGGAAUAGGAAUGGGCUGUGGCAACUCUGCGGCUCCAGUGACACUGGCCACACCCACAAAAAGCAAUGGCCUGGUGCUCGCCAAUGGUGGUGCUAGUCAAUCGGCCGCCAUGCCAAACAGUCCAACAUCAAACGCUGGCGGAGGAGGGAGUGCCAGUCAUGCGCGAGUCGAUCCGAAGCUGUUUCCCUAUUUGUCCAAGGCCUUCCGCAAAAUCCGCGAAGAUGGUGGGCCGCCCACUCAGCAGCUGCUCCUCAGCGAUGUCCUCGAUGACGAUGUUUCCGGCGAAUAUGCUGGCAACCACAACCACAACAGCGGCAGUGGCAGUGGCAGGUACGUCUAUGUGGGAAACGGAGGGGCUACUGCUGGCCCCAAUGGAAGUGGGGAUGGCAUUAACUUUGAGCGACUGGCCCGCGAUUGCGGGGCUGACAGCAUGGACGACGUGCAUGCUGCGGCGGCCAUGCUCUUCCUCAAACACGGACCAAAGGCCUUCACUGAGUCUUUUCAAAAUGGGGCCCCAGUGAUUACAAGUUCUCCCAGCGAGGAUCACACUUAUUCCGCGGGCGGCAAUAGCAAUGCGGACAGCGGCGCCUCCACCCCACUCACCAAUGGCAAUAUCCUGGCGGGGCAGACGCCGGCCCAGCUUCAGCUGCAGGCGCAGGCCAAUGCCGGCGGAGGAUCGGACAGCAAUUGCGCCAGCUCCGAUGCGGCCUACGACAGCAGCGAGGAGAACCACAACAUCACGCCCGAGGAGUUGGCCGAUCAGCAGCGACAUCGUGAUGGUGUCGACGCAUUGCUCUCGCUGUCGCGCUCAUCCAUCGUCGAGUGCGGGUCGGUGGCCACCACGCACUAUCACAGCAACGGGAGCAGCGGAAGCAGUCACGGCUCCCCGCACAAGCGCCCCUCCAGCCACAGUCUCGAGGAGGAGCACGAGCACCUCCUCCUGCAACAGUACCAGCCACUGUUGUCGUCCUCGCCACAGGCUGUCUACACGAAUGGCAGCGGCAGCAAGAUGGCACUCCUCAGCAGUGCCGCUGCCAAUGUGGCGUUGGCCCAACAGCAGCAACAGCAGCAGCACCACCAUCAGAUCAAUCAAAUUCAGCAGCACGUGAGUGGCAGCUAUUUGGCAGGAUUGAAUCAUUGCCUGCCCGCUGCAACGGGAGCUGGAGGACAGGCGGCCAUGUUGCCCCAACAUCUCACUGCUGUGAUGGCAAAUGCUGCGGCCAAGAACAAGGUGAAGCCCCUGCGGGGCUUGCGUACAAAGAUCAAGAGGAAGUCUGCAUGGAUGCGGUGAAUGUGGCGCCAGGCCGGAGGCAGGCGGAGGACCGUCUCCUAGCCUCCACAGCCCCUCGCAUGUCCCCUCCAUGGCCACGUCCCCUGUGUUGUUGUCUCUUUCUAAUUGCAAAUUGUUCAAAUCAGAGCAUUUAGUCGUAAGAUUUAGUAGACUCCCUCGCCUGCUCGCCCUUUCUUCUCUUUUAUUUUGAAUGUGUGCGUUCCUCCUCUAAUCCUUGUGUUUGUUAUACAAAUUAAUGACUAUUUUUUGAUAGGUUUUUAGUUUAGUCUUUAGACGUCUUUUGGACUUGAUUCGGGUCCUCGAUUGUCGGCCAUUUCAUCAAUAUUUGACAAUUCUUUUACACACACACACACACACACGUGUUAUACAAAUCAUCUAUAAAAAAAAAAAAUCCUAAACUUUAACGAAUUGUAAUUAAUUUAUAGCUUAAAUAAUUUUAAAUAUCUUUUGCUUCCCAACAUUGGUUGUUUCAUUAUUCUUUUUUUUUUAA